UGUGCUGUUGUGAGUACAUCAACCGCCAAGGAGAGCGGAGUCAUGUGGCCGCCUGUUGCUGUGACUGUGAGGACCUGGAUGAGGUCUGUGACAGGUAACUAAGGGGUGGGGAGAGAGUAAUACAACACCGACCCACGCUGCUUCUGGCUUCUUGAUUAAAAAUGGAUGAGCCAAUCCCAUGAGGAUGAAUCCACGAAGGUGAAUCCCCUUCAACAUGCUAGGUGUCUCCUUUCCUUGGAAAUUAUAGUAGCAGGAAGGACUCUGCUGUUUGAGAUGAUUAAUGAGGAUAGAUGAGAUUACACUUAUUAUCCUGUGAAGACCAUUCAGGUGUCCCUAUCCAUAUGCAGAAGCCUGACCUCCAAAAGGGCCGUUGACAUCACAUAAAUUGGUUAAGCUUUCUCUUGUGUUGGUGUGGCCUUCUCCAGCCUCCAUUUAAUCUAGGAACAGCAUUGUGGAGCACCUCCUUGAAACUGAAGGCUGCAUCAGUAGGUGGAUGAAGCUACAGCCCCAGGCGCAGGGCUCCCUGGACCGCCUCUCCGCCGUGCUCUCGGACCGCGUGCGCGUGCCCUGGCUGUGGGGCGGGGCCCGCCGACUGGAGCUGUCCGUUGUCCCGCCCCUCGUACUGCUGCCCGCGCUGCUGCGGCUGGCCGCGCUGCACUUCCUGCUGGGCGUGGCGGUGCUGACGGCGCUGCCUGUGCUGGUGCUGUGGUACUACUACGUCACUCACCGCAAGAAAGGCCGUACCCUGUUCUUCCUCAGCCUGGCACUCUUCUCCCUGGCCUACAUGUACUUCCUGUUCGUCAGCGAGGUGCUGCCCCGUGGCGGCGUCAGCCCCGUGCAGCUGGCGGUGGUGACGGGUGGGGUGGUGCUGACGGUGGCCGCCAUGCUCCACACCAAGCGGGACCCGGGGUUGGUGCGGCGGGCCCGACCCCCUCACAGCACCGUUACCUACGCCGCGGCGCGCUACCACACAGACCCCGCCUUCCAGGGGCCUGUGGGGAGGGAGGAGGUGCUGCUGGGGCCCGAGGGGGAGCAGAGCGCCCGGGAGGACUGGUGCCUCGCCUGUGGUCUGGCCCGGCCGCCCCGGGCUGGACACUGUCGGAUCUGCGGCGUGUGCGUGCAGAGGCUGGACCACCACUGUGUCUGGAUCAACAGCUGUGUGGGGCAAGCCAAUCACUGCAGCUUCCUGCUCACACUCCUCCUCUUCCUGCUGACGUCGCUGUAUGGCAUUGGUCUGGUGCUGCGCAGCGUGUGUCCUGGUCAGAACGUCCUCCUCGCCCUGCUGUACUGCCCCGGCGUCUAUAGCCAGUACAGCGACGCGCUGUGCUUCACCUGUGCGUGGUACUGCAGCAUGGUGACGGCGGGCCUGCUCCACCUGCUCCUGGUGCAGCUGGUGCACGUCAGCCUCAACGUGACGGAGCGGGAGGUCCGCCUGGCCGCGCGGCACGGGGCCCCCGGCGACACCACCAACUACUCCCGCGGUCUCCGUGACAACUGGGCCGAGUUCAUGACCAUGCACCUGAAGGCACCAGCGCCCACCCUUGACGCGGUGUGAGGAGUCCAACGGCUCUUAUUUAUUCAUUGUUCUGGCUGCUGUACCGUCCAAGGACACUAGAUGGCAGUAUGGCCCCUUCCAGGCUGAACUGCCCUGAGUCAGGUUGUAAAUAGACUUGACUAAGCAAUCAGGACAACCGUUAAUGAGGAUCCCACACAGCUACGCAGCUGUUCAUGAUUGACAGUGUAUACUUCUCUAGUGUGUAUUUCCUGCCCUUUGCUCCACUACACAUUUUUUCCUUUCAUCGUAAUCUUUUUGUUGUGAAAGUUGAAUAUUCUUCAACUUUCAUUUGUACAGACUUCACAUUCAGUGCCUUGAAAUGAUGCGAGCGACAAAUC